UAUGUUCGGACCGACAUUGAAAACAUUUUGAAAACACAUUUGUAUGUUGUGGAACGUAAGUUGUUCGGACCGACAAUUUGUGUUUUCGCUGAGUUUUCACUGACAGCUCACAAAUUUAUUUGUUUGUUUACAUUUGAGCAACGAGAAUGAAUUCUGAGGAAAAGAUGUUAAUUGCGAAAGCAUUGGCUUUGAGAAGCCAAAUAAAUAUCCUGCUCAUCGACAAUUCUUCAAGAGAACUAUUGGAAUGUCUUACUACUCAGCACCAUGCCUUGGCAAAAAAGAUAGCCGAGUUAAAGAAACAACAUCUAAUAAAGGACCUUGGGAUGCCGAUUAAUUCAUGUUGGACAAAACAACGUAAGAAUCAGUUUUGGGAACACGAUUGCCAACGAAACGGAUCUGCUUUUUUUAAAGAGAACUUUCGCAUGAACCGAAGUUCCUUUGAUAAAUUAUGUGACAUCCUCCGCCCGUUACAAAAAAUGGAUACAAAUUACCGAAAAGCUGUCCCUAUCGAGAAAAGAGUGGCUAUUACAUUAUUUGCUUUAGGGUCAUCUGCAGAGUAUCGUAGUAUCGCCAACAUGUUCGGUGUAGGAAAAUCUACGGUUUGCGAAAUUUUACUGGAAUUUUGCACCGAAAUCUGGAGAUUACUGCAGCCAUCCUGUUUUAAAAUGUUGCCUCUAAACAGAGAAAAUAUAACCGAAUUGGUGACUGGUUUCGAGGUAAUUGGAUUCCCAGAAUGCUUAGGAGCAAUUGACGGAUGCCACAUUGAGAUUCAUCCAUCAUCUGACGAAGCUGUUGAUUAUUAUAAUUAUAAAGGAUGGUAUUCCACCGUUUUAAUGGCAUUAGUUGAUGCUAAAUACCGUUUUACUUACAUAAACGUAGGAAGUCCCGGGCGAUGUAAUGACUCUCAAAUUUAUGAGACGUCAUCACUUAAAAAAGAAAUGGAUAGUUGUCCUUUACUAAGCGAAAUGUCUAGAGAAAUUUCAGGCGUAAAUGUGCCAGUAUUCAUUAUUGGGGAUUCGUCUUUUCGAUUUAGCAAACAACUUAUGAAACCGUAUCCAUUUAGCGUAAAUCAAAAUAAUGGUGAGAAGGUAUUCAACUACGCUCUUUCGAAAACACGUAGAGUUGUCGAAAAUGCUUUUGGACACCUCAAGGCCCGCUUUCGACGCAUUGGAAAAGGAAUUGACAACUCUGUACGGAAUGCCAACUCCAUAAUAAGAGCAUGUUGCACUAGACGCCAGAAUCCGUGUGAUAUUUCAUAUGCAUCUGACGACCCAAUUAAUGGAGAAAUGAUUCGGCCAGCACUUUGUACACAUUUUGGUAAGUACAUGUGCAUCGCAGAAGUAUCGCUUGGCGACAUCGGCAUAGCUGAGGGCGAUGGUAGGCAAACCGGUGAUGACAAUGGCGAUGCAGCAACGAAUGUAGAAGACGUAGCCGUUUCCACCGAAAUUUGGAGUGGUUCGGAGUUUGUAGUGCCUUUUUAA